ACCGCCCGCAACCACCGAACGUUUUCUACGCCCCCCAAGCAAAAAGUAUCUCUUCAACCGAAAUCAGAAACCGUUUCGGACAAGACAGUCGAUAUUUUCAAGAUGCCUUCAGGACAAGGAGCUGGUACCAACCCCAUUCACAACAAGAAGCCCAAGAAGAAGGCCAACGACCUCGACGAGGAUGACAUCGCUUACAAGAACAAGCUCGCCGCCGAGAAGAAGGCACGCGAUGAACUAGCCAAGACCGUCGGCAAGGGCAAGGGACCGCUCAACACCGGCUCUCAGGGCAUCAAGAAGUCUGGCAAGAAAUAAGCGCCCAACCCCCGAAAUCACGAAGAGCAAGAGAGCGACGAGCCGCGGCCAUGCGGCAGGAUGAUAUGAUAUGAGAGAUACCACAAACCAGGAGUCGUGAUCUGGGAGGGGCGUUCAUUUACACACAACGAUGAAUGCAAAGAAAUAAUCUAUGAA